AAGGGACUACUUUUUCAAUAUUACUAUUGUCAUAUGCUAAGUUGUGUGUGCUAACUUAAGGGGAUCGAAUAGAAACAUGGCGAUGACAACCUUAGCUACAUCAGACGUGUGUGACGCCAAUGCAAAGCUUCUUUCAAAUGGGGAUCUACGAAUGUUGCCACCAAUCUUCAACAUAUAUGGUCAGCGCCGCGCUUUCUGUGGUCCCAUUGUCACAGUUAAGGUAUUCGAAGACAAUGUGUUGGUUAAAGAGGUACUUAAAACUCGAGGAGAAGGUAGAGUACUUGUGGUGGAUGGUGGAGGGAGCAUGGGAUGUGCUAUAUUGGGAGGGAAGUUAGCACAAUUAGGCCAUGAUAUGGGUUGGGUUGGUGUUGUUGUUAAUGGAUGCAUUCGCGAUGUAGAUGAGAUUAGUCGAUGUGACAUUGGGAUCCGUGCAUUGGCAUCGGUACCUAGGAGACCGAGCAAAAAUAGGUACGGCGAAAAACACAUUCCUGUUUACAUUAUAGGAACGUUGAUACGCGAUGGAGAGUGGUUAUAUGCAGAUAGUGAUGGCAUCCUCAUAUCAAAAACCCAAUUAUCCAUCUAAUUGAUAUUCAUAUAUAUAUCAUCCAUGCAUGCAUGCAUGCACAAAGUUAUGAUCCACUAUGUGGGCUUCUAGUGUGUUUUCUUAAACCAUCUUCUUUGGAUGGUUAACAUGUUGUACUGUUGUAUUGUAUUGUUAGUUUAAAUAAAAUGUUUGUUUUGAUUGUUA